AUGGCCAAGAAUGCUUCAAUAGCAUCGCCAAUUUUAAUGGACCACACCGUGAUCCCAGUAGGGUUUAUCAUCACCAUUGAGAACAUAUUUUCUUUCCUGGUUCUUUACCGGUGUACCCGUCUUAAUUACCAAAUUCGGAUUCUAUCCAUCAAUCUGUGCAUUUCUGAUUUACUAACUGGUCUGUCGCUAUGUUUUCCACUGAAAUUUUACCACUUCAGUGAGAGUUGUGGAUUCAAAAAGUAUGUCAAUUCAUUUUUUGUGACCAUUUCCUUGCUAACCGUAACAGUGAUGGACAUUGAUAGAUGUUUGGCGAUCCACUUUGGAAUAAAAUACUACAUCUACAUAAGCAAAAGAUUUCUAAUUUCGGUGUGUACAGUUUGUUGGUUCAUUAGUUUCCUGAUCACCUACAUGGUGUAUUUUGAUUUCACUGGAUAUUAUGGAGUUCAUUGUGAACCGAUAUUCAGUACCCCUAAAAACUCCAUUACCAUUUGUGCAAGCUCCUUUCUAUUGCUGUCGAUUCUGUCAAAUGUGAUCAUGUUCAUCUACCUAGUACGUAAAAUUCGUAAAAGGUACCUCUACAUCAAAGACAAAAAUGUCCUUACUCGAUCAACAGGCAGGUACACAGAACAAGGCAUUGUGAUCAAGAAGCUUUUGGCCAUAACCGGAUGCUUCAUUUUAUGUGCCACCCCAUACAUUAUCACAACUUUUCCCGUCCUCGAUUACAGCACUCCAUUUGGGAAAAAAGUUCAUACCAUUACAGCCUUGACUAUUCUUUCCAACAGUGCUAUAAAUCCGGUGCUGUAUGUAUGGAGGUUUCGCGAGGCUAGGUAUCAGUUGAGACGAUCGUUAUGCUUCUGGAAUCAAAGUUACGUUGAAAAACUCCAGUUAAGGCACAACGAAGAAAAUGCAUCAUACGUCAUUAACUUAGGACCGGCGAUUCUUCCAGAAAAUCACAUACUCACAAAAUCCAAUGUUCUCUGUCAAACAUGCUAA